UUAGGAGGAAACCCGGCUCACUGGCUUGGGGCGCGGUUUCAAUUUCAAUAACUUUAUUGGUCUCCUUGUACGCCGAACAGCCGGCGUGCGUGUAGCCACGCGAGCCCGGAGCGCAUCGCCAGAGGUUGCCCCCGACUCGAGCUGCAGCCAUGGGAAACACCACCAGCGAGCGGGUGUCCGGGGAGCGCCACGGUGCCAAGGCUGCUCGAGCUGAGGGCGGCGGCCAUGGCCCGGGAAAGGAGCACAAGAUCAUGGUGGGGAGCACCGACGACCCCAGCGUCUUCAGCCUACCCGACUCCAAGCUCCCCGGGGACAAAGAGUUUGUACCCUGGCAGCAGGAUUUGGAUGAUUCUGUGAAGCCCACCCAGCAGGCCCGACCCACCGUUAUCCGCUGGUCUGAAGGAGGCAAGGAGGUCUUCAUCUCUGGGUCCUUCAACAAUUGGAGCACUAAGAUCCCUCUGAUUAAGAGUCAUAAUGACUUUGUUGCCAUCCUGGACCUUCCGGAGGGAGAGCACCAGUACAAGUUCUUUGUGGAUGGACAGUGGGUUCAUGACCCAUCAGAGCCUGUGGUCACCAGUCAGCUUGGCACAAUUAAUAAUUUGAUCCAUGUCAAGAAAUCUGAUUUUGAAGUAUUCGACGCUUUAAAGUUAGACUCUAUGGAAAGCUCUGAAACAUCAUGUCGAGACCUGUCCAGCUCACCCCCAGGGCCUUAUGGUCAAGAAAUGUAUGUGUUCCGAUCUGAGGAGAGAUUCAAAUCCCCACCCAUCCUGCCCCCUCACCUACUCCAAGUUAUUCUUAACAAGGACACUAAUAUUUCAUGUGACCCAGCCUUACUUCCUGAGCCCAACCACGUUAUGCUGAACCAUCUGUAUGCACUGUCCAUUAAGGACAGUGUGAUGGUCCUUAGCGCAACCCAUCGCUACAAGAAGAAGUAUGUCACCACGCUGCUGUAUAAACCCAUCUGAAGAGGCCAUCACUCCUUGCCUCCAAGGAUUCUGGAGAAGCAUCUCCCUUGCCUUUGAACUGAGCUGGCCUCCUCGGAGGCUGGCAGGCUGAUAUGUUUUGAGGCUGAUGUGUGUGUCAGAGCCUCUGAUAGGGUGCUCUGCUUUGCAUUUGAUUGCAGAUGAGAGCUUUAUGAGUUCAUGGAGUUUAUUUUAAGAAACACAAACCCAUAUAUAUGCAUAUGAGGUUACUGGAAGCCUCCUGGCCCAGCUGUACACGUUCUCUGCCUGUGGGUAGUUGCCAGGGCCUGACUGGGAAGCUGUGGCUGCAGGAAUAGGUAUACCGGAAGCUACUUUUUGUAAAGUGAAAGAAUAGCAAACUCUUAGGAUCCUUGUUGGGCAGAGGUUCUGGAACACUGGUGUUCAAGGGUCAGAUGUGUGCCAGGCUGCUGCCCUCCUUAGAGCUGCCACAUUGCAGGCUGGCUUUCCUUGCAUGGACUGAUUCUGUAUUCCCACACUGUGUGACACAGUCUGCUGUGUUUUUAUAUGACACUAGAUGCCCCACAAGAACCCUCCUCAUUUUAUGUACCCCAUUUAAUAGCUUCCCUCAGAUCUCAUACAGGACCCAGUAAUGCAAAACUCACUGGGUGAGGAACCCUUUUGAAAAGUUUGUGGGAUUAGGCUCUCCUUAGAGACUGAAGGUGCCAGGGUCUCCUUUUUAGCUCAGUGAAGGCCUAACCCAGUGUGUUACAAUUUAUUUUAACAUCUAGAGAAAAAGAAAUGCAGAUCUUUGUGUUUCAGUUUGGUCCUGUAUAUUGGCUGUAUGGGCCUGUUUCCAGUUUUUCUUUAUUAGAGCAUUCAGUUUGUAGAUAGACUUGGAAUUAGGGAAAACCCUCCGUAUCUUUCAUCCCUGAAAGAUUUUUUUUUAACUUGCCUACAUUUUUCUUUAAAAAAAAAAAAAAGCAUAUCCAUCCAUUUUAACCGGCCAUUAAAGAACCUCAGGCUGUUGACAAGUGGUCCUGAGACUGUCUUCUCUAGUCUAGGCACUUGUACAGUCUUGGUUAGUCUGGCCAGCCGUGUGUACCUCGCUGCCCCAGCACAAUGCUAGACACAAGUUCAUGCAGGCUCAUUGGAUGCUCGUGCUAGGUUCCCUACUUUUAAAGACGUGUAAGGCAAGGAACUACCCCCGGUAUUCAUAACCAUGCACAGUGUUGCUCUUUGCACCAAAUAUUAACCAAGUAUUUUUUUUUUCUUUUGCCUCUUCCUUUUAAAUGUGUGUGAUGAUGGAAUGGGGUCACUGAUAACCACUGACUGAGAAGUAUUCCAACCUUACUCAGGUUUCAAAGAAAAUAUUUUUCCAAGUAUCUUGACACUUCCAUUUUGCAGAUAAAUGUAAGUUAAACAUUAAACACCGUUUAUGGUUGAGAGACUUGAUGUCUCCUGAGAUGAGCCAGCCGCAUGGAAAGGGACCUGCUGGUCAGCUGAGCUACCUCCUGGCUUUCCCACGCACGCGUGGCACAGCAGUCCUCUGCACACCUUUAGACCUCUGAUCACAAGCAUGAAUAGGAAGAUGGGGACGUUUCUGUUUCGCAGGGAGUACAGAUGCUCAAUGCCUUGGUAGAUGGCCUGGGAGGUGCCAUUUCAGCCCCCCCAAGCUGCCUCCUUCAGCUGAGACCCUUGUGGUCUCGUCAGCCUUCUGAAUUGUGUGCCAUUUUGAAAACCAAGGUCUCAUCUUGGUUUUUAAUCAACUCUCUAAGACUCUUCAGUUCCAUGAGAAGGUUUUAUUUAUUUAUUUAUUCUGGUUUUUCUCAGUGCUGAUUUAGAAGUGGAUUCAAGUCUCGAUUGUCCCACGGUGGGAUUGUUGUAUCUACACUUCCUGUGCCCAGUGUGAUCUGGGCUUGUCUGUGUUUGCGUAUUGAGUUUUUACUCCACACAGUUGUAGCAGUAGAAGGGUGAGGAGAGGUGUCUUCAAUCUCUUAGACUGAUGCUUCUCAGUGAGGUGAGGCUGUGGUGACAGAGGGCUUGGUGCUGGUGACCCUUAUAUCCGCAUCUGGAAACAAAGGAGAAAGAAGGGCUGGCUGACUCACUAGUACUGUCCCUGUCCUGGCCCCUGACCCUGUCACCAGGAAACACUUGUGAAGGGACAGAGGAGGGUACUGCUUUUCUCUUAGUUACUAAGAGAAAAGGGACAGUUUGUUUUCUACAAUAAAAAGUUGGGCAGAAUUCAGAAAAGGCAAAACUAUUUCUUUUUCUUUCCCCACCUAUGGGAAUUUUGCAGGAUCAGUUGGUAGAGUAAAACAGCCCUAAGGAGAGCUAACACGUAAGCACCUGUAGUGUAGAUCCGUGCCUGUGAGGAAAGGACGGCAGGAACUGAAGGGUCAGGAAGCUCGGCACUGGAAAUGCCCUCUUCAAGAGUUCAAGCAGACGCAACCCAGAUCCUUGGAUUUUAUUGUACAGACAACUUAGCCCAGAAACUGUCUUCUUUGUCCUGUUGGCCUAUUCUCUACCUUUCCUCUGCACUCUGUUUGACUUCACUUAUCAGUAAGACAGGUUCACCAGGGGCUCAAGGCAGAUGUGACCCAGACAGUGUAAAGAGCUUUCGUGCCAUGUUUAUUAGCUUCCUGUCAACCUAGACCUGAGUAGGAUUUAGCUAAUAUAAGCCACACCUCUGAAGGGCGCAGCUAGCUUCUUCAAGAGCCCUGGCUUCUUGGGUCUAAAGUACAAAGGAAGAAUCCCUGUUUCUGAGAGGAACCUUGGCCCACCCCUCCUGUUGGUUUUGGUUUCUUGUAGAUCUAAUGGAUCUUUCGUAAACCUUUUGAAAAGUGUCACUAUUGCAUGCAUGCUGCUAAGGUGACGUGACGUGAAAGUGGGAACAGGGCUUUUAAAUGUUUGACCUCAAAACAAUAUGCAAUAGUCCCUGUGUGGGUGUGUAUGUGUGUGCACGUGUGUGUGUGAUAUUCACUGUUCUCAGUGGUACUUGUCCUCAUAUUCUUGUGAUUUGGGGCUUAAGAGCAGAUACAUAUUUUGUUCUUGUGUUAUGACUAAUCCUCAAAGCCAAGUUCUUGCUGUCUUCUGUCAGCUGCAGACUCCAGUUACUCAUGAAUAUGAGACCUGGAAGAAAUAAGGGUCUCUCAGGACUCUGGUCUAGGCAUUUGUCCUUAAGUGACAGUCACAACUGGAGAUUGAAAGACUGAUUUCUGCAGUGAAGAUAAGUGUUUGGAGUAAAAAAGCCAAUUGUUUCAAUUAUAGGAAAGAAAAAAUCACAAGUCUCUUGUAGGAUCCACUGCCUCUCGGAUUUAAAGCUGGAUCUGUCACAGCUUGUGUUACUUCUUCCCUGUGUACUGAAGUAGCAAGCUUCAUUCAAAAUAAAACUGUUUAGUACUUCCAACAUAAGGUGGGGUUCAUUCGAAUUAAGUGUGGCACAGAACUUUUGCAGUAAGUUUGGUGUGAAAUACCAAAUAUUAGGGAUUUAUAGGUGUCCGAUUACAUAGUCAAGGGACACCUGCAGUAAGUGUUGGCCACCCUGGGCCCCCUCCAUAGCUGAGCGUAGUCCUCAGCGUUUUAGGACAGCCAGACAUCAGCAUCAGUCUGGCCUACAUUCUGUUCUGGGUGGCCUAUGAGACGUAUUUGAAUUCGGUGGGUGUUGUUUGUUUACACUGUAGCACUUUGAGUUUGUCAUAAAGCAGGGGUGACUUAAUUUGAAGGCAGUAAGUGUGAGUCUCUCAAAUGGUGCUGUUUGUGACCUUUGAUGCUGAUAUGCAGAGCUGCCUCAGUUGUUCACAAACCGACACAAGUUAAGACUAAAGCUUCUCUCCACGUGUGACUCACCACGGACUCUGCCUGAAAACUGAAUAAUGUAACACACAAAAAUGUGGUUUGUUUUUCCAUAAAACUGUUUAAUAAAAGCAUUAUACAGCAAUA